UUCACCCCCAAGCAGAAGCAGCAUAGCUCAGAUCGACUCUUAAGGAGUUAGCAGUGAGCAGAGGCUCUCAGAGGUCUGACAGCCCAGCAGAGUUGGAUACAGCCUCAGCCCCCUGAACCGGAGUCACCACACAAGGACUCAGUAGGGAGGUGAGGCCUGCAGCAAGAUACUGUGACAUGAAAGGAUGGAGAAGGAAGGAUGGUUCUGACCAGAUGAAGAACGAGCAGAUGGACAAAGGAGGGACUCAGCAAACCCAGCCUUCCAUCCUGACAGGUCCUCUCCGGAGAGAUGACACCAGCCAGACCAGGAUUCUACCCCCUGCUGCUACUCCUGCUGCUGGGACUGUGGGUACCUGAGGCCCCAGUCAGUGCCAAACCCAAGAACAUGACCUCAUCUCAGUGGUUUGAAACUCAGCACGUGCAGCCCAAGCCUCAAGCAUGCAACUCAGCCAUGGGUCACGUCAACAAGUUCACAAAACACUGCAAAAACCUCAACACCUUCCUGCAUGAAUCCUUCUCCAAUGUGGCCACCGCCUGCCAGACCACCAACAUAACCUGCAAGAACAACCAUAAAAACUGCCACCAGAGCCCAGUACCUGUGCCCCUCACCAUGUGUACACUCACCUCAGGGAAGUAUCCGAACUGUAGGUACAAAGAGAAGCGUCUGAAUGCACCUUACAUAGUAGCCUGUGAACCUCCCCAGAAAGGGGACUCUGAGAAAUUUCAGUUGGUUCCGGUGCACUUGGAUGAAGUCCUUCAGGUUUCCAGACUUUCUGACUCUUUGGUUGGGUCUUAAUUCCUUCUCUAGGCCUCUGCACCGAUCCUCCUUGGCUCCUUCUCCACCUAGAGUGUUGUCUUCCUUUCAUCUCUGAGGGCUCUUCCUGGUUCAGGCUCUUUGGAGAAGCUGACAGGGAGCUGAGGCUGAUACAUUGGUGGGCUGAGCUCCGAGAAGAUGGUCUUUCAUCUUUUUAUUGCUGUUUUCUCAGAAACUUAUCCCCAAGAGAGGGGCUGAGCAAACUCAGGUUCAUAAGUUCCCUGGUCUAUACCUUUAAACAUCUCUCCCUCAUCCCAUCUUGUCAUGACAGCAUGAUAAGAGAGGAAAUAAAUGGACAAGGGGUGAGUAGAAUUUAUAGACAGCUCUGUUUCCAUUCCUAAAACAGAAGUCUUCCCAGCUCUGAUGUGGAGGUCACCUGUAUGGGGAGAGGGGGUCGGAAGGAAAGAGGAAGACAAAGAAAUGCCACAUGAUAUUUAUAUAACACGUCACACUUUUCACAAUAUAUCCACAGGAAUCCUGACAGGGAUUGCUUGCCUCCUUUAUGGAUGAGGAAAUUGAGAUUUCAGAAGGCUUAAUCAAUUAAAGAGCUUGUCUGAUUGGUUAGAAGCAGCACCUGGAAUUGAAAAUUGAUGUCCUGAAUCUCAACACAGUGCUACUAAACCGACUGGGUACAAAAGCAGACCAAUAUAGGUACAAGAGGAGAAGUAGGUUAGAGUUCACCCAUGCCGAAAGGAGUACUGAGAGUCCUACAGAGCCAGUUACCCCGUGUUGGCUGCAAUCAAGGUCAUUACCUCUCCAGCCAAGAGAUCUUUUUAUAAGGUGCCCAGGGAUCUUGAUUCAUUCUCCCUCUCUAACUGCCCCUCCCCCUUCUCUAGCCCACUGCUAUUCUGACCUGGGCUCUGGGCCUGGUUUCUGGGUAGAUCCCUUUGGCCUGAAGGCACAGGGUAAGGAGAGUGUCCCAGCUUCAUCCCUCUGUUCUGGGAUCACAUUUCCCUUGACCUUAAGGGACUUCCGUGGCCCAGAGCCUGCUUGUCACAAACAGCCUGGUGGAGCUGCCAGAGCUUCCUUCCUCGUGAUAAUGAUCUCCCUGCCUCAGUGCUUCCCUGGCUCUCCGGGCUGGCAGCCUGCCCAAGACUGAGGGGCUGAGAUGUGGAAAUGCCGCCUCCUUGUCCCCCUUGGCUGCAGCCACCAUUGCUGCUUCUAGUGAACAGAGCUACAGAAGCUCUGGCUUUAUAUUGGCUCAGUCCUAAAAGCCCCUUCUGCAUUGCCUGCAUCCCUGACCAUUACCAGCCCCUUCUCUCUUCCUUCAUCACUGUCCCAAACAAACUGCACUGUGUCCCCUGCCCACCGUGUUUCAGACCCAAUCACACUGCUAGACCUUCCCAGCCCUGUAGAGGGUUCUACUCAUCCCUCCCCAGCCCUGCUCCACACACUCCUAACCAGAACCCGAAAAACUUUGGGUCCUGAAAGAAGUGGGUGUAAAUCCUUUCCCAGUUGUUCCUGGCUAUGUGACCUUGAGCAAAUUACUGAACAUUUCUGCAGGUCUGUCCACAAAGCAAAGUGGGAAAAGUUCUAUCUACCAAACAGGAUUGCAGGAAGAUUUAGAAGUGAUAUUUAAGAAGCUCUUAAAUGGGUAAUGGCAACGAGUCAUAGUGGUGAUAGUAGCAAUAUCCACCUUUGACAAAUAGCAGACCAGGGCAAAUACCCCAUGCAAGUCUCCCAAGGACUUUAUUCUACUAAAGUGAAGCCCAUGCAUGGGUUAGAGGAUGAGCCCUGAAGCAGGGUCCUGCUAGAGACCAGGGAGAAGGUAGAAGGAGGAUGAUCAAAAGAAAGGAUAGGCUGGGCGAGGUGGUGUACACCAAUAAUCCCAGUGGCUGGGAAGGCUGAGACAGGAGGAUAGCAAGUUCAAAGCCAGCCUCAGCAACUUGGCAAGACCCUAACCAACUCAGUGAGACCCUGUCUCUAAAUAAAAAUAUUAAAAAGGGCUGGGGAUGUGCUCACUGGUUAAGUGCCCCUGGGUUCAAGCCCUAGUACCAAAAAGAGAGAAAGAGGCUGGAAUAAUUACAGCCUUGGGGAACAGAACACUGAACAAUUCAGACAGAAUGUGAGGCCAGUAAGUUGAGGAGUUAGCCUUCACAGGCUGGAAAGUAGAGGAGCACUAACUGCACAUUGUGGCCAAAUGCCACACAACUGAGUGUGAAAGUCUCUAUUUCCUGGAAACAGAGCAUUGCCAUCCUAGAAUGGGCUUCUGGAAUACUCACAUAAAUCUGAAGUUUCAUCCUAAAUCCUUAUUUUGUAGUCUUGUAGUCACCAUACUAUACAUUUAUCAUUCUAAAUAGAUAAUUUGCAACUAAAAUGCAUAAAAAGACAAGAUAUUUGUGGGCACCUGAGUUUUUUUCUCUUCGUUUUAUUCUUUUUUCACAUCUCUUUUUAUAUUCUUUACUGAUGCUUGUUCUUAUGGAUAUUAUAGUUUUGUAUAUUGACAUCCUCCUUACAAAAUUUUGAACUUGCUAAAAUUAUGCUUUCAGUGCACCCUAACAGAAUGAAAAGACAUUCAAUUGGGGCUGGGGAUGUGGCUCAACCAGCGCGCUCGCCUGGCAUGCGCCGGUCGCUGGGUUCAAUCCUCAGCACCACAUAAAAAUAAAAUAAAGAUGUUGUGUCCACCAAAAACUAAAUAAUAAAUAUUAAAAAAUUCUCUCUCUCUCUCUCUCUAAAAAAAAAAGACAUUCAAUUGGACUUCUUUCUUGACUCACUAUCUAAAUACUAUUAAACACUUUAAAAGAAUUCUAAAUGGGGCUGUAGUAUACCUCAGUUGUAGAGCACUUACC